CAUCAAAUCCAUCACUCAACACACUUAUAAACCCUUCAAGAAAUGGCCUUUCAAAACCAUGAUGCCUCUACCAUCGUCACCGACCAUACUCGACCCAUCACAAUCGUUCAAAAUGGCGCCUCUUUUGUGCCAACUUUUCCCGAUUGCUACGUCAAUAUUGAUGAAGAAUUUCCUGGGGAGGCACAUGUGUAUAAGCAAGAGAAGGUCAUAUUCCAAGGCAAAUCCCAGUAUCAAGAUUUUUUUGUUUUUCAGUCACAAACAUAUGGGAAGAUUGCUAUAUUGGAUGGCUGCCUUCAGCUAACAGAGAAGGAUGAGUGUUCUUAUCAAGAAAUGCUCACUCAUCUCCCACUCUGUUCUAUUCCCAAUCCCAGAAAGGUUUUGUUGAUUGGAGGCGGGGAUGGAGGAAUUCUUCGAGAAAUAUCCCGACAUGAUUCCGUUGAGCAAAUUGACAUUUGUGAGCUUGACGAAAUGGUGAUAAACGUUUACAAGGAGUUUUUCCCGGACAUUGCCAUCGGGUACGUGGAUCCUCGUGUGAAUGUACACAUAGGCGACGGUGUGGCCUUCAUCAAGUCUGUUCCUCCAGGCACCUAUGAUGCUAUCAUAAUUGAUGCAUUUCCAGGGAUGGGAGCUUAUGCAACCGAGCUUUCGGAUGAAGACUUCCUUAAGUCGAUCGCAAAGGCUCUGAAGCCGGGUGGAGUACUGUCGGCUCAAGCAGACAGCGUGUGGAUCAAGAAUUUCACCAUGGAAGACACCAUAACUCGCUGUCGUAACAUCUUCAAGGGCUCUGUAAACUACGCUUGGACCUCUGUUCCUUCAUAUCCAAGUGGGUCAAUCGGCUUCGUGCUCUGUUCGACCAACGGUCCUUCGGUCGUCGACUUCAAACACCCGGUGAACCAGUUGGACCCAGAAAAAUUUGGUGUUGCAAAUGGACCCCCUAAGUUCUACAACUCAGAGAUCCAUACUGCUGCAUUUUGUCUCCCUGCGUUCGCUAAGUCGAAGAUGGGUUCUACGUAUGCAUGAGAGACUCGAAGCUAUAGGUAUAAGAACAUGCAAGCGUGUUGCAUUCUAUCAAUAAGAGAAGUCCUAUACAGCCUAUACUAAAGUGUAGCAAAUUCAGUGCUUACUCAACUGUAGGAUGAAGGAAAUUGUUGUCAUUUCUAAUAUAAAUGAAUGUAUCGUUCUAUCACAA